UUCAAAAAGGUGUAGUCUUUUUAUUUUUAUUUUUUAAUUUUGGAUAAAUUGAUGUAUUAAGAGUGGCCUCAAGCACGUGAAUACGCGCUUUCUCUGUCUCCCUCUCUCGUUCUCCAUCCACUGAUUGCUUGCACCAAGGCCGGAUCCAUAAAUUUGAUUCGUGGUUAUAAUCUGGGUGGUUGAAAGGAUGUCAGGCGUCGAGGAUGUCAAUAACCAAAUAGAUGGAGCUGAAAAGUCCAACCCAUCCACCCAACAAGAAGAAGAAGUUGUUAAAAAGAAGUAUGGAGGAAUCAUACCUAAGAAGCCACCUCUAAUCUCUAAGGACCAUGAACGUGCUUAUUUUGAUUCGGCAGACUGGGCUCUUGGAAAGCAAGGUGCCGAUAAGAAGCCCAAAGGUCCACUAGAGGCACUUCGCCCAAAGUUGCAGCCAACCCAACAACAAACGCGAUACCGCAAGUCUGCUUAUGCUCCAUCAGAGGGUGAAGAUGGAAGUAAUGCUCCAUCAAAGGAUCCAGCUACAGAUGAAUGAGGAGACGUUCACUCUUUGUCGAAAUAUCAUAAGCCGUUUACAUAUCUGAACAAUGCUCUUGAGAAUUAAAUAAUAAUGAUUCAUGGGGUGUGUUAACUUUUACUUGAGGCUGGUAUUGUGUUGCUGUAACAUGGAUGUAGGAUAUUUCUUAUGCUGUCUAAUGAAACGACUUUCAUGUUUUUAUC